UUUGUUAAGCUACCGAUGCUUUCUAGUCACUUGGGUCUGGUCAUAAAUUCCACUAGACCCAAUUCGACUGGCUUCGACGAUAAGUUCGUUAGCUCUAGACAUACCUCUUCUGUGUUCAGAUGGGCCUCCCUUAAUCCAUUUAUUCACGUUGGACAAUGGCUCUUGCAAGCCGAACCAUCUGGCUCCUAUCACGAUAGUAAUAGUGAGACCGCCUCUAAUGCAAUUGCCGCCUGGCGUCAAUUGACCACACGUGGACUACUCGACAUUACGGGACGUCGGAUUUUAGCCAUGGCGAGUGCUAAAACCGACUUUUGCAGAAACACCUUGCCGAAACAAGCACAUCCCUCAGCUGGACACAUGGAUACGGGACAGGAUGAUGUUGAAGAAGAGGAAAAGGAGGCCGCUGCAAUGAAAAAUGUCUGGAUCCCUGCUGCAGGUUCAGCUUCUUUGGCUAGGCUGGCAGCAGAUGCGACCGAACCAAGACUGGCUUGUUGCCUACCUGAUCACUCACUCUCCAUACCUCGGAAGUUUCUUAUGUAUGGUGUGAUGCGAUAA